UGUUAAUUGCAAGCAUAUUGUUUUAAUUUCAUAAAUAUUUGUUUGGAUAGAAAAUGGUUUUCUAAUUCCUUACGUAUGAUUACUAAUGCUUUUCAGAUAACUUACAAGUAUCAUUGACAUUUUGACCUUUAUUAAAAUAUUGUUCAAAAAUUGAUGGAAUAAUGAGUAGUCAGCACCAAUACUUAAAUGCUGAUUUCGAACAAAAUAAAUUUGGCGAAAUAGAUCAUGUUGAACUUCUUGGCCAAAAUCUUAGCAACCUAUGUUGUUCAGAUAAUUAUUCCGAUGUAAUUUUAGUUGUAGAAGGUGAAAAAAUACCAUCUCACAAGGUCAUUUUAGCAAGCCGCAGUGAGUUUUUUAGGGCACUUCUGUUUGGUGGUUUAAAGGAAUCUAGUCAGGAAGAAAUUGUUCUCAAAGAAGUUCCAAUAAAAGCUUUUCGGGAAUUGCUUAAAUAUAUUUACACAGGUCACUUAUUUCUUCAAACAUUGAAUCAUGGAACCAUAUUAGAUAUUCUGGGACUAGCACAUGAGUUUGGUUUUAUUGAACUUGAAAUAUCAAUAUCAGAUUAUCUUCAGAAAAUUCUUAACAUUAGAAAUGUUUGUUUUGUUCUAGAUGCUUCUAGAUUAUAUGGCUUAUCUCGUUUGACUGAAAUUUGCCAAACAUUUAUGGAUAGACAUGCCAAAUAUAUUUUGGAAGAUGAUUCAAUUAUGCAGUUAUCUUCAGAAUCAUUACAUGAAGUUUUGUUAAGAAAUUCCUUUUAUGCUCCUGAAAUUGAUAUAUUUCGUAUGGUUAUGAGGUGGUGUGCUAAUAAUCCGGAAAAGAAUGCUGAGGAACUUAUCAGUUGUGUAAGAUUAUCACUAAUAAAACUUAAGGAUUUAUUAACUCUCGUACGGCCAAUAGGAAUUGUGAAACCAGAAAAGUUACUAGACGCCAUUGAAGAAAAAGUAAAUGUUCCUGAUGUUUCUUUACCCCACAGGGGAAUGUUAGUUUUAGAUGAAAAUGUUUCCACUACAACUUUGCAUGCAAAAGUUCUGCAAGGAGAGAUGAGGUCUGCCUUGUUAGAUGGUGAUACUCGAACCUAUGACAUGGAAAUGGAUGCAGGUUAUACUAGACAUGCUAUAACUGAUGCAGAGGAUCAGUUCAUAGUUGUAAAACUUGGUUGUAGAUAUAUAGUAAACCACAUUAAAAUGCUCCUUUGGGAUAGAGACACUCGAGCUUAUUCAUACUAUAUUGAAGUAUCACUAGAUCAAGAAUCUUGGGAGAAAGUUAUUGAUUAUAGGCGCUAUUUGUGCAGAUCUUGGCAAUAUUUGUAUUUUCCAUCCAGGGCAGUUCAAUAUAUCAAAAUUGUUGGAACAAAUAAUACAGUUAAUAAGGUGUUUCAUCUUGUGUCAUUUGAGAUAAUGCACAGCUCUUCCGUUCCCGAGUUACAAAAUGAUUUAGUUGUUCCCAUAAAAAAUAUUGCUACAUCCGAGUUUAGUGCUACAGUUGUUGAAGGUGUCAGUCGUAAUCGAGAUGCUUUGCUCAAUGGUGACACCAGCCACUAUGAUUGGGAUUCCGGUUAUACAUGUCAUCAGCUUGGUUCAGGCGCAAUAUUGGUACAACUCGGUCAACCUUACAUUAUUGGUUCAAUUAGGCUUUUACUGUGGGAUUGCGAUGAUCGUAGCUAUAGCUAUUAUGUUGAAACAUCUGUCAACUACGUCGACUGGGAGAUUGUCGCCGACAAACGUAAAGAACCCUGCAGAUCUUGGCAACUGCUAACAUUCAAUCCACAUCCUGUUGUUUAUAUAAGGAUUUUGGGGACACAUAAUACUGCUAAUGAGGUAUUUCACUGUGUCCACCUAGAAUGCCCCGCACAAAAUUUGCUUACAUCUGCAUAUGUUUUUAAUGACCGUAGUGGUGACGAACAACAAUCCUCUCGGCCACCAUUAGCAGAAACUGCACAAGAAGCAGAAGAAGCUGCAGCAAAUAAUAAUAAUGAUUCUGUUGAUUUAGUAUAUGAAUAAAAAUAUGAUUGUAGUAUUCUAUAGAUCUUAUAAGAAUUUGACAAAAAAAGCUUCAGAAUGAACUUAUGAAUUUAAAUGAUUUGCAUUUCAAUAUAUCAUAUAGCGUUUAUUCAUCAGAUAUUAUUGACAAGUUAAUAAGUGGAAGAUUAUUAGUUAGAUACUGAAAUUUCUAGACAUUUCAGAAACAAAGAAAAAAAAAUAUUUAAAAAAAAAUUAAGUGCAGCACGUUGCAUUAUAGGCAGAUUUAAAAUUUUAUUCUAAUAAAUAGAACGUGUGUUUGUUAAUAAUAAUACAUCACAUUGCCACAGGUGCUAUUGAAUAUUCUUGUAAAUAGAUAUUUUUCUGUAUUAUUUUGCUUAAGAA